AGUAGUGUCACGUGAUACCUUGAGGAGAGCAAGGCACACAUCGGCCACCAUGAUGGACGCUGCAGAUAGCACGGAUAUACUUGAAGAUGAAAAGAGUCGAACUCAAUCAGUUGACCUCUCCACGGAUACAUCACUUGUAGUGGAUAUCUCAGAUGCUUUAAGUGAGAGAGAUCGGGUAAAAUUCACCGUCCACACGAAGACUACACUACCAGACUUUAAGGAGAGUGAUUUUAACGUAGUCAGAGAGCAUGAGGAGUUUAUUUGGCUGCACGAUCGUUUGGUUGAUAAUGAAGAGUAUGCUGGAAUAAUUAUUCCACCAGCUCCACCAAAACCAGACUUUGAUGUGUCACGAGAAAAGCUGCAAAAGCUUGGCGAAGGUGAAAAUACUAUGACCAAGGAAGAAUUCCAGAAAAUGAAACAGGAACUAGAAGCUGAAUACCUUGCCACAUUCAAAAAAACAGUUGCAAUGCAUGAGGUGUUUCUGACACGCAUCGCAUCCCAUCCCAGUUUGAGAAAAGACAGCAAUUUCAAAGUAUUCCUGGAAUACAAAGGAGAGUUGAAUGUGCGUGGCAAGAAUAAGAAGGAAAAACUAGGUGGCCUGUUCAAAGGUUUGGCAAAAGGAGUUGAUGAAGUGCUUCUGUCAAGUCAAAAGGAUGUUGAUGAGUUCUUUGAGAAUGAGAAGAAGUUUCUCGUAGAGUACCACAAUAAACUGAAGGAUGCUACACGUAAAGGAGACCAGAUGACAAGAUCCCAUAAGAAUUGUGCAGAUACUUUUAUCAAGAUUUCAACAGGAGUAGCAGCUAUGGGCACUAGCGAGUACACUGGUUUAGACAAGUUUCUCAAUAAAUCCGCUGAUUACUUUGAAAGAGCUCGCAAGCUCGAGGGAAGAGUGGCUUCCGACGAGGACCUUAAACUUGUAGACUUGUUACGGUAUUACCUGAGAGAUACUGAAGCUGCCAAAGAUCUUCUUUACCGUAGAGCCAAGUGCCUUUCAGAAUACGAGAAUGCCAACAAGACUUUGGACAAGGCUAGGUUAAAAAAUAAGGAAGUUGCUGCUGCUGAAAGUGCGCAGCAAAAUGCUAGCGAGAAAUUCGACAACAUGUCAGAAGUAGCGAGACAAGAAUUGACUGACUUCAAGUCAAGACGUGUACAGCAGUUUAGAAAGAACUUGACUGAGCUAGUUGAGCUAGAAUUAAAGCAUGCAAAGGCGCACAACCAACUCUUGAAGAACACAUUAGCAGCACUAAAAGAAAUCUAACAGGUUUACAUUAGGAUAAACAAACUAAUAAAAUGUACCGAGAUGUCGUAAUUAUAAUUCUACAAAGCUACGAUGUAAAGUGAAUAAAAAAAUUCUUAUGUGUUAUCAUAGAAAUGUCGCUGUUACAAUCCAUUGAAAUGCAUAAAGCCUACCAGAAGACAUUUCCACCCAUUCAAAUUCACUAUCAAGCUUGUGAUUUAAGAGUAAACGUCACUGUCAUACUAUUGAGAGGUACUGUUGCCAUGGUGAUGACCUGCUGUAACCAUGGUAAUAGGUCGGCACCCACACUGCCUCUUUAUAUGGCAGGAUUGGUGGAAUUGAUUGUUUUUUGUUUUUUUGUUGUUUUUUUGCUUUUAGCAGUUUCUUUCAAAAUGGAAAUCAAUUUGUAAAAGUAAAACAAAAUAGGGAAGUGUUAAUAAAAAAUGUUUUAGUUUGCUUUACAUUAACUUUA